CAGAGCGCGAGGACAGCUGGUUGGCGGUGGGGGGGCUUGAGUCAUAAAGAGAGUACCGAAAAUAAAAAAAAAAAAAAAAAAAACAAGAAAAAAAUUACAAGAACAAGCGGGAUCCGGGAAAAGGAGUUUCCAUUCUGCAAAACAACGUCAGAGAAGAGCAAAAAGUCAAAAGAAUAAGAGAGGAGGCUGCUGCUGCUGCUGCCAAAAGAAAAGAGCAACAAAAGAAAAUAGAACUUUACUGAACGUGAGGACUUCUGGACAUCAGCUACCUGAGGUAGGUCAGAUAGAUGGUUGGUCCACAGCGCUACCCGGAUCAUGAACGCACAGCUGUCGAUGGAGAAUAUUGGCGACCUGCACGGAGUCAGCCAUGAGUCAGUGUCCGGUCACGGAGAGCUGCUGAGCGGCCACAGUCCACAUUCCCGUCCGGGGCACCGGGCUCUGAGCCACCGCGCUAUGGGCAUGGCGACCCUGCUGGAUAGCGGAGACUAUCACCACGGACACCUGCACCCAGCCAUCAGCAUGUGCGAAGCCCCCCCUGGCAUGAGUGCAAGCAGCACCUACACCACCCUAACCCCCCUGCAGCCCUUACCCCCCAUCUCAACCGUGUCCGACAAGUUUCCUCCCCAUCAUCACCACCACCACACCACCAUCAUCCAUCAUCCUCACCAUCACCCCCACCAAAGGAUCCCCGGAAACGUCAGCGGCAGCUUUACGUUGAUGCGCGAGGACCGGAGUUUGGCACCCAUGAACAGUCUGUACCCUGCAUAUCAUCACAAGGACCCCUGCAUGGGUCAGAGCCUCUCCCCGCUGUCCGGCUCCGGUCUGGCCAGCAUACACACGACCCAGGCUGGCAUCCCUCCCUACGCCCACCCCGGUGCUGCCAUGCCUGGUGAGAAGAUGCUCACUCCCAGUGGGUUCGAAGCGCACCACCCGGACGGCCGGCUGGGGAAUAGCCGGGAGCAGGCCUCCGGGCCCGUGCAGCAAGGAGGCGGUGGAGGGGGUGGUGUUUCUGGGGGCCAGAUGGAGGAGGUGAAUACCAAAGAAGUGGCGCAGAGGAUCACCACGGAGCUGAAGCGCUACAGCAUCCCUCAGGCCAUCUUUGCCCAGCGGGUCCUGUGCAGGUCCCAGGGGACCCUGUCCGACCUGCUGAGAAACCCCAAACCCUGGUCCAAGCUCAAGUCUGGUAGAGAGACCUUCCGCCGCAUGUGGAAGUGGCUGCAGGAGCCUGAGUUCCAGCGCAUGAGUGCGCUCAGGCUCGCAGCAUGUAAGCGUAAGGAGCAGGACCACGGCAGGAGUGAUCGGGGGAACAUGAGCAAGAAGCCCCGGCUGGUGUUCACAGAUGUGCAGCGACGGACGCUCCAUGCUAUCUUCAAGGAAAACAAGCGUCCAUCCAAAGAGCUGCAGGUCACCAUCGCCCAACAGCUGGGCCUAGAGCUGGCCACGGUCAGCAACUUCUUUAUGAACGCACGUCGCCGGAGCCUAGAUAAGUGGGUGGAUGACGGUUCCGGUCACUCAGUCAACUCUGGCCAGAAUAUCUGCACCAAAGCCUGAAGAUGGACUGAUCUGACCAACCUCAUGGACUGACUCAACCUCGGUGGAAAAGCUUUAAAACUUUAGAGAAACAAAGAGAAACUUAAGAGAGACCUUGAAGCAACAUUUUGCCCUUAAACCUGUACUAUAUUGAUAUUUAUAGUAUCCAAAGAUGAAAAAACAAACCAAAGACUUCUUUUUUGACCUGCUUUGAAAUGUUUGUUUCAGCAACACGUUUAUGUGUAACAUACUGCAAAAAGCCUAUAGUUUUACCCUCCCCUUCACACACACAUUCACUGUCACUGGUCUAUAGCUUUAAUAUACCCCACUUUACCUCCCCAGCCAGUAUCAAUCUAUCAUUCACCAUCCUUAUCUUUAAUCUGAUUGGUUGGUUUUAAUGAUGGAGGUUUUAAUCAGCCUGUUGGCAGUCUGGUCUGCAGAUGUCCACACCCUUGAAAAACAGCCAGAAUAUGGAGCUCCAGUGGGAUUGGCCAAUCAACUUUAAAGACAAAGAUAAUCCUACAGGAGCGACUGGAUUGUUGUGUUUGGAUGGGUGGAGUUGGAAUGUCCGUCCAGCUGUCUGUCUCUCUAUCAAGCAUUCCAGACAGACAGGGAGAUGCGUCACGUGUAGACUGCUAACCCCGAGCCAAAAUCACAAACCAAAAAAAACCCCUCAUAGUAGUGCUUUCCUCCAACAUGCUGAAGCGUUCAAUGAUUUAAACAAGAGAAACCAAAGCCUUCUACAAAUCAAAGCUGGUCAUUCAUCUUAGAUUAAAAACUUAACCAAAGAGUAUAUUUUAUAGUCAACUCCUAAGAAAGACUGUUAGGCACUACAAAGAAGAGGAAGUGUUGCUUAAAGUCCAUAACAACAUACUGAGCCAUGCUUCAAUUUAUGUUCCAAAGAAAUGAAAAUAUUAUCUAACAAUCAGUUUUGGUUUACAUAUGAAGACUCUUUGACUCUACACUCAAAAUUCAUUUCAUGACACUUUACAUAAACCUGAGGUCAUUGAUGUUCUUUUUUUUUUAUGUUAUUCACAAAGACUCAACGUUAAUCCACAAAUGAGGAACGCAGGAGGUAACCGUGGCAAGAAAAGACUUCUUAUUAACAGGCAGAUACCUCAAGCUGAACCAGAUUUAUUAGUAGACAGUCAUCUGCCAAGAAUGGAUUGACAUUGGCCUUAUUGAUGCCUUCUUGAAUCAAACUAAUUAUUGCAGUUAUAUAUCUUUAAAAACAGUCUUAUUAUAAAGAUUUAUCAUUGCAGAAACAUCAUUUUCCUAUUAGUCUGUUUAGCUAUUGUCCAAGAUUUGCCUCAGGUAAAUGUGUGCAAAUACCAGCAGCUUGAAAAACAACAACAAAUUCAUUUAGCCGUGUGUUUUCUCUGCAAAGGUGAAAACAAAAGGUGGCUCUGAAAUUGUGUUUUCUUGACACUGUGAGGGAGACAGACAGCCUCUGUGUCAACGCUCUAAUAAUAAGUAUUCAGCAUCAGUGAGUCGGGCCUGUGUGCUUCAUCCUUUUUUUUAUUUUAUCCUCCUCGUCAAAGAUGUUGGGCCGAGGGGAUGAUAUCAAUGAUCAAAUCACUUUCAGGCACUUACACAGCAAUGUCAGCUCCUCACCUGAAUACAAAAACACCCCACCCUGCUUGUCUUCAAUCUCCAACCCCCCUUUACUCUUACGUCUGUCCGAGUGAGCUAUGCAUUUCAGCACUAAGAGGAAAGCACUACACGGGGCGGGCCCAGGGCAGUCUAUCAUUAAAUAUAUGGGGCUUGCCCCCCUUGCCUUCAUCUUCCCCAUGGCCCGGGUUAGCAGCUCUACAUUCAUCAACAAGCGCUGAAGGAGAGGCGCGCACGAGAGAGAGAGAGAGAGAGAGAGAGAGAGAGAGAGAGCCUCCUCAUCUCUGAAAGAAAAACCUGAAAGACGACAAAGAGACAAAAAAUGUGUCAAGACCUGCUGAUGUUUUAUAGUGUGAACCAAAGAUGCUACCUCACUCAAGUUCCAUACGUGAUUUCUAUCACUUUGAUGAUACCAAAGAUAACCAAAGAUUUUUUCUUCUCAUUGCACGGCCUCUAUGAGUGGUGUUUGAAGAUGUUGUGUGUCUCCCCCCCCCUCCCGUCUACUCUUUCUUUU